AAGCAAACAACAAGCAAACGAUCUGCCCGAUCGACAGGUUGCAAUUGCAGGUUUGCAACCACAGGCCGGCCGGCGAGGCAUGGGCGGCACGCCGCGCAACAGCAUCGGCCACAUCCUGCCCGGCGCCGGCUUCUUGGCCGUCGGCCUGUGGCACCUGUUCAACCACAUCAGGCUCUUCUCGCUGCGCCCAGAGUCGUACGUCGCGCCGGUCUGGUUCCCCGCGCCGCGCGUCCGCCACCUCGAGCUCAUCCUCGUCAUCGCCGGCAGCGCCGUCGAGUUCGCCAUGGAGAUGUUCGUCGACCACUCGACCUUCCUGCCGUUCGACGCCGACGGCUCCAUCCCGUCGGAUCGCCUGCACAACCACGAGCACGCCAUCAUCUGCCUCGCGCUCCUCGUCUACGCGGGCUCCGCGCUGCACCUCGACCGCGUCCGGGCGCGGGGCCGCCGCGAGCUCGGUCUGCUCCUCGUCGCGGCCGUCUUCGCGCAGGAGCUGCUCGUGUUCCACUUCCACUCCACCGACCACUCCGGCGUCGAGGGGCAGUUCCACUGGCUCCUGCAGCUCAUCGUCGCCGCGUGCCUCGCCACGGCCCUCCUCGGCAUCGGCUUCCCGCGGAGCUUCACGGUGAGCCUGGUCCGGUCGGCGUGCGUCACGUUCCACGGGGUCUGGAUCAUUGUCAUCGGCUCCAUGGUAUGGGUCCCGAGCCGGGUGCCCAAGGGCUGCUCGCUCGUGCAGGAGGACGGCCGCGACACCGUGCGCUGCCAUAGCAAGGCCAGCCUGCACCGCGCCAAGGCGCUCGCCAACCUGGAGUUCGGGUGGUGCCUUUCUUCCAUGACGGUGUUCGUCGUCGUGCUCUACCUGUACGUGUGCAAGAGGUAUCCAGCGGAGGCAGCGUACGUGCGGGUGCCGGAAGCCGGAGAAGAGGAGGAUCAUGAACACCUGGAUGAGCGCAAGUGCGGGGCGGUGCGCUGCGGCGGCGACGUGCAUGGAUUCACGUCGUUGGAGAUCGAAGUGUAAAUGGCAAAUUAUAGCACAUGUUCCUGCUUCUACGCUUGUACCAUCUUGCAUGAAUUCAUUGACCGCUUCUUACUUGGGUACGUACGUAGUCUAUAAUUAGGAUUUCUAAAUCCUUAAACUUGUCCCACGGUGUCAUCUUGAUCUAUAAACUCUUAAAAUGCAUAUUUAGAUUCCUAAUCUUUAUAAGUGUGUCAUUCGAUGUCUAAAUUACUCUAAUCAGAACACGUGGUCCAAAUCUAACUGAUGUCAUGCCACGUAGGUUUAUGCUCAUUAGGGGUGAUUUAGACCUUGAGUAUCACACUUUUAAGAAUUUAUAGACCUAGAUG